AUGUCAAAGUCGGCUAUUGUGUUUGGCGCUUCUGGCGUGACAGGCUGGUCUUUCGUCAAUGAGAUCCUUUCCGAUUACCCAAAGAAGGACACCUGGAAGCGCGUCCAUGCGCUGACAAACCGCCCGCUUUCCCCGUUGCAAACACAAUGGCCAGAGGACUCGCGCCUCAACCUGGUAUCCGGCCUUGACCUACUCUCCCAUAGCCAAGAAAGUCUUGAGAAGGAGCUGGCAGAGAAGCUACCACAAAUUGAGGAGGUGACACACGUCUACUACCUUGCAUACAAAGCGGGCCUAGAUGUACAAAAGGAAAUGGAAGAGGCCGUGGAGAUGUUUUCCAAGGCAGUGAAAGCCAUGGAUAAACUAUGUCCGGCUCUGGAAUAUGUCGUGCUGCAAAUUGGCACAAAAGUUUAUGGCGUCCACCUCCUCGCUGCGCUCCCUUGGUACGACGAGACCGCUCCCCCAGGCACGACCGGACCUAAACUUCCUCUACCUCCACUCAAAGAAACCUUUCCCCGUAUACCCAGCCCGUACGCCGAGAUGCUCUUUUACCACGCACAAAACGAUUGGAUCGCCGAAUACGCCAAGGACAAGAAGUGGAGCUGGAUUGAGACUCGUCCAGAUAUCAUAGUCGGCUAUGUUCCGAACCAGAACGCAUACUCGCUCGGUACGACAGUUGGUCUUUAUCUAGCGCUGUGGAAGGAAUUUUAUGGUGAAGGAGCGGAAUGCCCGUUUCCCGGCACAGAAGGAGUCUGGAAGGCGCUGAGUAAUGAUAGCAGCAGUGAUAUGAUCGCUCGUCAGACUAUCCACCUGACCCUCUCCGCCAAGCCGAAUAAAGGAGAAGCAUUUAACAUCGCCGACUCAAAAACACCCUCGAACUGGGAGGAGAAGUGGCCUGUACUAUGCUCCUACUUCGGCCUCAAGGCCACUGGUCCUGCGCCCACUCCCAUCGACAUACGCAAGUUUAUCGAAGACAACAUGGAGACCUGGCUGGCCAUGGAGAGGAAGUAUGGCUUGCAAAGUGGACAUGUAGAUGGUGGUCGUGGCAUGCAGAUUGCCGAACAAAUGCUCAUGACUAAGUUUGACUUUGACAGACACUUUGAUAUGAGCAAGACGUACGGAACGGGGUUUACGGAGGAGAGGGGGACGAAGGAGUCGUGGGGAGUUGUGUUUGAUAGGAUGAGGAAGGCGAAGAUCAUACCAUAG